AUGGGUCAGCGCUCCCAGCUCGGCCUGUCCGCGGCCCCUGUCCCCAGGAUCCCGCUGCAACCCCUCCCCGCGUCCCCCGAGCCCUCGGGUCUCCUGUCACUGGCUGAGUCCGGGCGCUCCUGUCGCCGCCCCUUGCCAGGCCCGGCGCUGCCCGGCUUCCUGGCGGCGGGGGCGGAGAAGGCGCGGACUCCGGCGGGGGCCGGGCCGGGGCGGUCGCUGCUCCCUCCCGACGUGCCCGGGCCCCCCUGUGGCCCCCAGCCCCCGGGGAGUCCCCCGGCCCCGGCGCGGGCGGAGUGCUGGGAGCCCGGGGGUUCGGCCCGCGCAGAGACUAGGCGGUUACUGCUUCAGCCAGAGGACCUAGAGGCCCCCAAGACACACCACUUCAAGGUGAAGACCUUCAAGAAGGUGAAGCCCUGUGGGAUCUGCCGCCAGGUCAUCACCCGGGAGGGCUGCACCUGCAAAGUCUGCAGCUUCUCCUGUCAUCGGAAAUGCCAGGCCAAGGUGGCUGGCCCCUGCGUCCCUCCAUCCAGCCAUGAACUGGUGCCCAUCACCACUGACAGUGCACUGAAGAAUGUAGUGGACAGGGAAGGCAAGACUCUUCCCACAGGGCGUUGCUCCAAACCAACCCCACCCAAGGCCUGGGGCUCCUGCUCUGUGCUGCAUGAUGGGAAAGAAGGUGACAAAUAA